AUGAAUACAGUCGAACCGGAAUGCAACGAGGAAAAAGCUUCCCCCACCACCAGCGUCGUGUUCGAGGCUUCCACUCAAACCCCUACCAACGAAGUUUGCGAGUCGCCCCUGUUCACACAGAAAGGAUACUGCCUGAAGACCACGGGUCACAGCCACCAAGCCUUGACGAACAUACACAGGAUGAGGCAGCACGGUCAGCUCUGUGAUGUUACGUUAAAAAUAGGAUUAGAAAAAUUUAAAGCCCAUAAGGUCGUUCUAGCGUCUGUUAGUCCAUAUUUUUUUGCUAUGUUCAACGGUGACAUGAAAGAACAUAGUUUGCCGGUGAUAGAGAUCCACGACAUGGACCCAACAGCUAUAAAUUUACUGUUGGAUUACUCAUAUACUGGUCAAAUAACAAUCACAGCAGAUAACGUGCAAGUUCUGCUACCUGCUAGUGGCCUUCUACAAAUGAACGAGGUUAGGGAAGCUUGCUGUCGUUUUUUACUCAGACAGUUACACCCUACUAACUGCCUCGGGAUCAGAAGUUUCGCAGACACACAUUCAUGUAAAGAGCUUCAUCUAAAGUCCCACGUAUACGCCCUACAAAACUUCCAACAAGUGGUUGGAACAGAGGAGUUCCUUCUGCUACCGUUUGACGAGGUAAACGAAUUGAUCUCAAACAGUCAACUGAACAUCUCCUCAGAAGAAGACGUGUUUUCGGCAGUUCUAAACUGGGUGAAACACGAUCUAGCUGAAAGAAGCCAGUACAUUUCAAGGUUGAUGCAACACGUUAGGUUACCUCUGGUAAACAGAGAGUUCCUAAUGACCAGAGUGGACAACGAGAAGUUGAUCAGGGAAAACAGUGAGUGUCGGGAGCUUUUGCUAGAAGCUAUGAGGUACCAUUUGGCGCCUGAAAGGAGAUGCGCGUUAACUACCACAAGAACCAUGGAGAGAAAACCACAGGGGGCGGAACCGUACCUAUUCGCAGUUGGUGGUGGUUCCUUGUUUGCUAUACACUCAGAAUGUGAAGUAUACAACCCCAGGACUGACUCUUGGUCCGCCGUAGCUCCGAUGCAGUGGCGGAGGUCAAGAUCGGGUGUAACAGGACUUAGAAGACUUCUAUAUGUUGUAGGAGGGUAUGACGGAGCUUCAGAUUUAGCUUCUGCAGAGUAUUACAACCCUUUGAACAACACCUGGUCAUCCAUAACCCCUAUGGGAACAAAAAGAUCUUGUCUAGGAAUUUGCUCUUUUGACGGCCUUAUAUACGUUUGCGGAGGGUACGACGGUGCAUCCUGCUUGAGUUCCAUGGAACGUUUCGACCCUUUGACGGGGAUCUGGUGUAGUUGUCCCGCCAUGAACACCAGGAGACGUUAUUGUAGGAUAGCCGUCGUGGAGAAUUGUAUUUAUGCCUUGGGUGGUUUUGAUUCCACCAACUACCAAGCCUCAGUCGAACGUUUUGAUCCAAGAGAAGGCACGUGGAAUGCAGUGCCAUCUAUGUCGUCCAGGAGAAGUAGUUGUGGAGUAGCAGCCCUUAAUAGUCACUUGUAUUGUAUAGGAGGUAACGAUGGCACUAUGUGCAUGUCUAGCGGCGAGCGGUUCAACGUGAGAAGGAAUGCAUGGGAGCCAAUCACGUCAAUGAACAAUAGAAGAUCCACGCACGAGGUAGUGGCCAUAGACGACUUCAUAUAUGCUAUUGGCGGGAACGAUGGGUCUUCCAGUCUGAAUGCUGUGGAACAAUACGACCCCAAGACUAACAAGUGGCUGGUGGUGUGUUCUAUGAGUACCAGAAGGAGCUCUGUGGGUGCCGCCGUCUUGGACUGUAUCAAUAUCGAGCACGUGCUGAGGCAGACGAGACACAGUUGAUACAGAUUAUCUAUGUAGGGAAAUUAUUCUAGUUGCUAUUCUUGGAUUAUGUUGUAAGGCGACAACACAGUUUUUUAAAUGGCGAGGAUAUAACGAAUUCAAUCUUGGGUAUUUACGUCAUUGAGCGCCAUCUAUUGAAAAUACUGUGAAAUGUAAAACAACAUGAAAACAAAAGACGGUGGUGGAUGGUGCUCACUGAUUUUAUAAAUUGUAUAUAUAUCUCUCGACAAUUACGAAUAUUUGGAAGUGAAACUAAAGAUUAUUAAUUUGUUUUAUUCAAUUGAAUCCAUUGGGCUUUCACGUAAUUUUUGUAAGGGUGUUUAUCAUCUAAGGGGGUCUAAAAAGUGUAACGAAUAAAAUGCUUUAAGUAAAAAUUAUAUCUGAAUGUGGCUUCAAUCUAAAGUCAAUGUUGUUGCUUUUUGUAAAAUCUACAACAAUACUUUUCUGUGAUAAUGAAGUAUUCAAAAGUAAUAGGGAACCAAGUUAUAUUUGUAACAAUUAUCGUUUUCAUACGGUUGUUCUAUUUUAGGGAGUAAAUCUAGGUGUAGAAUAGGGCCUAAGUAGAUAGGCAUAGAGAGUGUAUUGUUUUUAUUAUAUAUUGCAAAUGAUUGGUGAUUUUCAUUGUAAAUGUAACAUGUUGGAUUGUAAG